AUGAGAGGUUCAGUGACGUACCGGUGUUUGGUGAACCUGGCGGUGGCAGAUUUUCUGGUGAUCCUGCUUUGCUUGCCACCGACUGUGGUCUGGGAUGUCACGGAGACCUGGUUCCUAGGAGAGAUACUGUGCAAAACACUUGUUUAUUUUCAGUCGGUAUCGGUGACAGUGUCGGUCCUCACGCUCACGUUCAUCGCUCUGGAUCGCUACUACGCCAUCGUACACCCGUUCAGCCACCGUCAGCAGAACGAGCCUAUAGUGCACGUCAAAACCAUCAUCUGCUUCAUUUGGAUUGUGUCGCUAUUGUUCAACAGCCCGGACCUCUUUUCCCUGACGACGGUGCAACAGCCUCUACGUUUCGAUCUCCCGCACAUGAUACAGUGUCAACCCACAUGGUCGGCCCACGCGGACCUGGUCUGGCACGUCAUCAAAAUCGUCUUUAUGUAUGCAGUACCACUAGUGCUGCUAGGAGGAGCAUAUUCCCUGAUCAUUUUGGAGUUAUGGAAAUCGGAACAAUUCCCCGGACAAGCUAACUGCAAACACAUUAAUGAAAAUAAACGCCUGUCCCGUCGCAAAGUGGCUAAGAUGCUGGUGGCAGUUGUCGUGAUGUUUGCCAUCUGCUACUUACCCGUGCACACACUGUCUCUGCUCAGAUACACUGGCGUUCUCGAUCAGCUGAACAACAACGACAUCGUUUCGUCACUGGCGCUGGUGUCGCAUAUUAUGUGCUACGUAAACUCCGCUAUCAACCCCGUCAUUUACAAUUUUAUGAGCGGUAAGUCACCUUAA